GUUCAUUGGCAUAGACAUUUCUCCAAUGUUUCCAACCGGCAUAAAACCUCCAAACUUGACUUUUCACACUGCGAAUGUCUUAAAGGGUCUACCAUUCCCUGACGAUCAUUUCGAUUUCGUUUAUAUGCGAUUCCUAAUAAUAGCAUUUACCGAAGACGAAUGGUCAACGGUAAUUAGUGAAUUAAUCAGAGUGGUGAAACCUGGUGGGUGGAUAGAAUUAAUGGAGGGUAAUAUGGAAUUUGAAGGGGAAGAAAGAUCAACACCAAUUGGCACGUGGGCUGGUAAAAUUGGCGAAAUUGCAAGUCAAGAUUUUUGUUCUCUAUGGUUAGCAAUGAAAGGUGCAAUAUGUCAUGUACUUGAAGAAAAAGGUGUGAUUAGGGGUUGUAGUUGUACUAAAGAGUAUCAUUCUGGAAAUGAACUUUAUGAAAAAGAAUGUAAAAAUUUUUGUGAUGAUAAUAGAUUGAAUGAAGAAUAUGAUGAAUUGAUUAAAGAGAUUAUUAGAGA